AUGAACUGGGUUGGGGGGUCCCGUCGAAGAAUCAUGCUUACCAAAGAGAGAAGAAAACAGAAGGAUUUUUUUGAAAAGGAAAAACUUAAGUCAAAGAUGAAACUACUGGGAGUAUCCUCUUUAAAAAGCUCAGCCGUCAGUUUGGACCUUCUCAAUCUCUACGUUGUUAAUCAGAUCUCCACAAAGAAAGAAAAUGCUGAGAAUAUUCGCAAGCCAAUUCAUGUAGAUAUUAACAGAGAAACUCAAAUUCCUUUGAGAAAACAAAAUGUAGAGUUUCCCAAGUCCCCAGAAUGGAAACCAACUAAGUUGUCCCUUGAUGACAUCCAGCACAGGAUACAAGAAGAAAUCUUGGAUAGUAGAAGAAAAUAUCUCUAUGAAAAAAACAGUGUUCAUUCUGAACCAAGUUUGUUUGAAGAAGAAAAUCAAUUUCUGGCAUUUCCUUCUUCUCAGUCUUACUGUUCUUUUGCUAACAAAAGCCAUAUUGACCAGCUGUUCACAGAUUUUGGAGAUGCAAAUGAAAUAUUCAGUAAACCCAGCCUGUACGAUGGUGAAGAAACGCAUCAGAUGAUACCUCCUAUCCACAGUGCAGCUGAGAGGGACCUCACAAGCAUUCUCACUACUCCAGAGAUGAUUUGCUCCCUUAACAGCCAAAGGUCAAAUGCAAUAAACCAGAAUCCAAACUGGAAUCAGUUCAAACACUGCAGUAUCCAGAAAAGAAAUCCUGUAGAGUUUUCUGAUCAGCAAAAACUUACUAUGUUCUUUGAUAAUAAAGGUGAUGAUUCCCAGUUAAGCAGCCAGUCACCCACCUAUUCUCCAGAGCAAGCAGAUAGACAUACCAGUUCUUCCUCUGACGAGUCUAAACCAGAGGAGUGUGAUGAAGGAGCAUCAUCUGAUUCUCAAGGCUCUUUUUCAAGGACUUCCAGCAAUCCCUGCUUGGGAUCAGAAUGUGUUUGCCAGUUCGAUGGCAGGCCCUGGAAUAAAACUAAUAUUCAACCUGCCAUAACUCCGAGAAAGAAUAUGUUGCACAGAGCUGGACUGGCGUUGUCAGACAUGAACGAUCAGGGGAAGCACCAUGCUUCGUCUCAAACAGAUGCGUGUGCUGGGCCGGUAGAAAAAUCCAAUGCAGCUGUGCAGUGUGACAUCAUCCAGAGCUGCCCCUGUAAAAAGGAGCUGUCUUCUGCCCACAGUGCUGAAAUGGUGACUUCGACUAGCAAGGUAGAGGCCACUGGAGGGCAGAACAUUCCAGCAGAUAGUGCAGUCCUUCAGCCUCCAAAUAGCAAUUCUUUGUCGACUAAGAAUUUGUCUCCCAAAACAGACGGUUUUAUAUUGGCAAGGUCAGCCUAG